AUGGGUUACGGCGAGAUUGAUCAGAAGGCCAUCAACACCAUCCGUGUCCUUGCGGCCGAUGCGACUGCUCACAGCAACUCGGGACACCCUGGUGCUCCCAUGGGAAUGGCCCCCGUUGCCCACGUCCUGUUCAACAAGUUCCUCAACUUCAACCCCAAGAACCCCGACUGGUUGAACCGUGACCGCUUCGUCCUCUCCAACGGACACGGCUGCAUGCUUCAGUAUGCUCUCCUCCACCUUUUCGGCUACGAUCUCAGCAUCGAUGACUUGAAGGCUUUCCGAUCCGUUGACAGCCGCACUCCCGGUCACCCCGAGGCUCACGAUACUCCCGGUGUUGAGGUCACCACUGGUCCCCUCGGCCAGGGUAUCUCCAACGCUGUUGGUCUGGCCAUUGCCCAGGCUCAUACCGGAGCUGUCUUCAACAAGGACGGUUUCCCUCUUGUCAACAACUACACUUACACUUUCCUCGGCGAUGGCUGCUUGAUGGAGGGUGUCUCCAGCGAGGCUUCCUCUCUGGCUGGUCACCUCCAGCUUGGCAACCUUAUUGCCAUCUGGGACGACAACAAGAUCACCAUUGACGGCGACACUGCUGUGGCCUUCACUGAGGAUGUCCCCAAGCGAUACGAGGCCUACGGCUGGCACGUCGUCAAGGUCGACGACGGUGACCACGAUCUUGCCGGCAUCGAGGCUGCCAUCAAGGAGGCUCAAUCCGUCACUGACAAGCCUACCCUCAUUCAGCUCCGAACCACCAUUGGUUUCGGUUCCAAGAACCAGGGCACCCACGGUGUCCAUGGCUCUCCCCUCAAGGCCGACGAUAUCAAGCAGCUCAAGGAGAAGUGGGGCUUCAACCCUGACGAGAGCUUCGCCGUUCCCCAGGAGGUCUAUGACUUCUACGGCAAGCGAUCUUCUGAAGGUGCCGCUCGCGAGCAGGAGUGGAACCAGCUCUUUGCCAAGUACAAGGAGCAGUACCCCAAGGAGCACGCUGACCUCGUCCGCCGCAUGUCUGGCGAGCUUCCCGAGGGCUGGGAGAAGAGCCUCCCCGUCUACACCCCCUCUGACCCUGCCAUUGCCUCGCGAAAGCUCUCCGAGACCGUCCUCAGCAAGGUCGAGAGCGUCAUUCCCGAGCUCUUCGGUGGUUCCGCCGAUUUGACUGGCUCUAACCUGACCCGAUGGAAGGAGGCUGUCGACUUUCAGCCCAAGUCCACUGGUCUCGGUGACUACUCUGGCCGAUAUGUCCGCUAUGGUGUCCGUGAGCACGGUAUGGGUGCCAUUCUCAACGGUCUCGCUGCCUACGGCACCAUCCUGCCCUACUCCGGUACUUUCUUGAACUUCGUCUCAUACGCUGCCGGUUCCGUCCGUCUGUCCGCUCUCUCGCGUGUUCGCACCAUCUGGGUUGCCACCCACGACUCUAUUGGUCUUGGUGAGGAUGGUCCUACCCACCAGCCUAUUGAGACGCUCGCUCACUUCCGCGCCCUCCCCAACUGCCUCGUCUGGCGACCUGCCGACGGUAAUGAGACCAGCGGGGCUUACUACGUCUGCUUGACCGCCAAGCACUCCCCUAGCAUCAUUGCCCUAUCCCGACAGAACCUUCCUCAACUCGAGGGUUCUACUAUCGAAAAGGCCGCCAAGGGUGGUUAUGUCCUGCGUGAGGUCGAGGGUGCCGACAUCACCCUGGUUGCCACCGGCUCCGAGGUUUCCAUUGCUGUCGAUGCUGCCAAGUAUCUCCAGGAUAACAAGGGCGUCAAGGCCCGCAUCGUCUCCAUGCCCUGCUUCGAGGCUUUCGACCUCCAGGACAAGGAGUACCGCUUGUCCGUCCUUCCUGACGGCAUUCCUUCUCUGUCCAUUGAAGUCAUGAGCACUAUGGGCUGGGAGCGUUACACUCACGAGCAGUUCGGUAUCAACCGAUUCGGUGCUUCUGGUGCCUACAAGGAUGUCUACAAGGCAAGUUUCAUCGAUGAUUGCUUACACAUGAUAAAAUAUAAGUUCGAGUUCACCCCUGAGGGCAUUGCCAAGCGCGCCGUCGCUACCAUCGACUUCUGGAAGGACGUCCCCAACAUUCGAUCCCCUAUCAACCGUGCUUUCCAGCAGAUCAUCUAG